UUGUCAGUGAUGUGUCAGUAGUGUCAUUAAUUUUGUGUGUCACACAGGAAAACAUUAUAAAGUUUUGUACUUCUAGCUAGAAGUUUAAAGCGUUUUUUACAAAUUGUGAUUUAUCAAUAUGGCAAAAAAUACAUCAAGCUCUGCUUUUCGUAAAAUUGACAUCGAUCAAUACAAUGAAGAUAACUUUAGAGACGACGAGGCUGAGCAAUCGAUUCCUACGGGGCCGGAUGAAGGAGAAGUUUGCGCUUUACUCAAUCAAGGCAGAUUCACCGAUGCAUUGAAAGUAGUGUUGAGCAAUGCUCCAUUAGGAUCAUCAAACCAACAAAUUAAAGAUAAUGCUUUGGCGCUGACAUUGAAGGUCCUGCUUGCUAUAAAAUCUACCCAAAUAGAGGAGGCAGUUGGCAACUUGGAAUUAGAUGAUGUUGACAUCUUAAUGAAGUAUAUUUACCGUGGGUUUGAAUGCCCUUCUGAAGGUUCCAGUGGGCACUUGUUGCUGUGGCAUGAAAAAGCAUUUAAUAUUGGAGGUUCUGGAUCCAUUGUUAGAGUGCUUUCUGAUAGAAUGAGAGUUUAAACUAUAAAAUAAAUUGUAUUAUUAUUAACUUUUAAAUAGAUUAAGUGUAAAAAUCCCCGUAUUCAUAUUAAAUCUACAUGACAUGCUUCUACAGUUAUAAAUAAAUAUGUAACAUUUGUUUUUUAUUAAUUAAAACACUUGCAACAUAA